AUGGCGUCGCUACAAGCAAAGGUCGAGGCCGUCAAGGCUGCCGUCUCCUCGGCCUCGACGUGCACGCCAGCCACCGUGGUGACGCUCAAGGAGCUCCUGCUCCCAGACGCCGAGCCCGCUGCACCAAAGACGAAGACCGCCGCGCGAGCGACGACGACGAAGACGAAGUCGGCCGGAGCCACGAAGACAACACAAAACGCCGAGGCGCUUGGAGCUCGCGAGAGGACAGUGCUCGCUACGCAUGUCAUCAACGCGACUCUCAAAGUCCUGGCCGAUGCCGCGAAACCCCCGCCGCCCUCGACGCCGUCCAAACGCGCAGAGCAGCUCAAGCAGGGCGCGAGAAGGCGAUCGCUAAGGCGCUCGGCAUCUGCGCCCAUGACUCCUCUGCAGCCUCGGACUCUCAAUCGCGUCGCUACCUCACCGAUAGUGGCAACCAAGGACGCGAAGCCUGUGGCGCCGGCACAGUCCGCAGGAUACCUUGCGACGGUCGAAUGCGCCCGCGUGGCGUUCGCAUGCCUGAGGUCCCUCAAGGGCCCGGCUCAGGACGGACAGACGGAUUUCCAGCUCGAGAAUGGCAUGUCCGCGCUUGUCAGCAAGCUCCUCGCUUUAGGGAUGCAUGACCCGGCGUUGAAGGAGCUGAGGAUAUUGAAGCGCCGGCUGGAUGGCACGGCUUCAACGGUCAACAACAAGUCGAAAGUCGCACCGGAGACGUCAUUUCCAGCGGCGGUGAUGGCCGAACUGCUACAGUUUCAUGACGAUGUCCCGAAACAGAGCCUCCCGACGACGACGGCAUUUCAGAUCUUGGUGCUCAAACUUGUCGCGGCUACCAAGAAGCCAGCGCAUAUCGAAGGCCUGACACCAGCGCUCCGAAUAUCGAACAAAUCCUCGCCUAUCAACUUGCUCUUGAAUCUUGCCCAGGGCACCGAUAAGGAAGCUCCCAAAGCAGCUCGACAACUGGCCGUCUUCUCGCAAAUUCUGCUCUCCAUCGCGCCCAGCGUCUCCAGCGCCGAGGAUGCCGUGGCCGUCGAGCCCAGGCUGUCCCCGAGCCCGUCCCUUGCUUUUGAACUUCAAACCCUCGCCUUCCAGGCGCAGCUCAAGUGGUGGGCCUUGGCCGGGCACAAGGGAAACGUCGAUGAGGAGGUCCUGCCCGCUUUUGCCCGCUGUAUUCGGGCUUUUGUCCGCCGCCAACGAUCGGACGAAGGCGCGCCGUAUCCGACAAUUGCCAAGGCAUUCGAUGCCAUCUACAAGGCUAUUCGGGAACAGAAACACGAGCCCUCGGCAUCGUCCACCUCGCCUUUGGCAUCCAUUUACCAGAUACUAGGCUCGACUGCGCACUCAGCUCGGGCCUACGAUGACGCUGAGAAAUGGCUUCAACAGCUGAAGGCAUGCUUGUGUCCGCAGACCGACUCCGUUGUUCGCAGGUGCUCCGUCUCAGCUCGCAUCUUGGCUGCUUCCCUGAAGAAGUCCAUCCUGCGUCCUGACAUUCACACUAUGCUGCAAGAAGUCAUCGAAGGCCUCGACGGGAGCCUCAGCGGAACUGUCACGGAACUUAACGAGCUUCUUGAAAGUCUCUCCGCCGCAAGACGCUCUGUGGCCGGCUUGCUCAUGAAUAUUCUCGGCCCCAAUUCAUCAAGCAAGGCCAUCCCGAACGAGCUUAUUGAGCCACUGAAGACGUUCACCCUGCGAUACCCCCGAUUUGUUCGUCGAUGGCUUGGAACGCCCCCCGCGAAAGAUGCGACGGCGAAGCAGGUGCUGCAGUUCGACCAACGGCGACAGAUUGUUACGGACUCCAUCAGCCACGUGAUGGACGGAGCGAUGAUGAUUAUCAAGUCUGAUAUUCCGUCCGGUUCCCUCGAAUGGCAAUUAAUGGAUGAUGUCUUGCAACAUUGCAACUCGCUCUUGGAUAGCGUUUCAGACGCCACCUUGUCAAUUGGAAAGUUAGAAAAACUUGGCAUGUACUAUGUCAAGAUAUCGAGCUUGUACUUCUCCAGGUUCAUUGAACUGCGGAACCAAGCCAACCGAUCCGAGGAGGCCAACAAGCAAUUGCUUCAAUCACUGAGCCGAUCCAUCGACGUCGUCAAGGAAAGAACCACCGCCGAGAAAGAAAAGGCCCAGCUUUCGACAAAGCUCGAGCUCUUUGCGGAUCUGUGCAAGGGCGCCGGCAGAGCCGACGAUGCGGUUCAGACUCUUCGCUCCAUAUGUACCGACAUGGCUGAGGAUGGUGUCCUGUCCGAUGUGAUAGCGGCAUUGGCAUCCAAACCUCCUGCUCUCGCGUGGGCAACGACAGACAAGGCCUCGUCGCUCUCUCGAACACUUCGCUCGAUUGCAAAGCUGGACCGAUCAGGUACUGACUGGACAUUUUUCCUGCCCGAAGCUGAACGGGCUGCCGUUCUCGAGCAUCUGAUGCACCUCAACUGCAGUGAAACGACAUCCCUUCAACCGCUGCGGCUUCACGAUCCAAGCCCCGCUGCUCUGUUGCGGAUUUAUUCCCUGGAAAAGUAUCCGAUAAGGCGGUUUCGCGUGUUGCUUCACCUUUUCUAUCAGAAUAUUGGCGAGCCCGACGAAGUCGACGAGAUCUCCUCAUUGCUUGACCAGGUUUCACAGCAUGUGCAGGAGAGGGAACAGGCAGAGGACACGUCCUUGUCACACUACAUCCCGCAUCUGCAGACGUGUUACACCUUUAUGGCUGCACUGGCUGACGCCGACACGCCCGCGUCGCUGUCCACACUCAAGGAAUCGAUCUCGGCUUGGAAGACGAUGGUGCAGCCCUGCCAAACGAGCGACGAGCUCUACACAGUUAUUGACGAUCCUGCAACGUUACUGCAUCAGCUGCACUCUUUGAAUGACCUUGCCGGGCUCAGAGGGGAACAACACCUGCAGCUCUCAAUUUCAGACUUUUCCAUCAUCCUUUCCAGGGCCAUCGUGGACACAACCGGAGUGGUUCACGAUGACUUGGUCCUCAGCCACAGCCAACUCGCGACUCAACAUGUGAGCAUUGGCAACUUCACCCAAGCACAGACGGCCCUCGAACAAACCAAGGCACUCAUUGAACAGAACGAGAAAAUCUCCGCAGGAGUCGUUGCAGACUUUUAUCUAUCUCAGGCCGAGUGCCUGAUUGGCGUCGGAAGUCUUGAUGAAGCCAUGCAAUGCAUCUCCAAGGCCAGUGACAUCUGCAGCGACAGUCGGUCGACCUGGACGCAGUCCAAGUCUCACGCGACAGUCAUGCUCGCCAUGGUUUCUUUCCUACAGUCCACCAUCUCGCUCCAGAAAGGGGACAUUCCGGGCUCUCUCACUGCGAUCAAAUCCAGCGUACGAAUGCUUUCACACGACUGGGCGAAGCUCGAAUCGGCAUUGUCAAGCGCCAACUCCACCGCCGACGCCAGCAUGUCGGAGGUGAGCAUGACGAGUAUCGAUAUUAAGGGGCCUCCGGCACGGACGGCUGGUCCUAAAUUCUGGGGUCUCGCUUCGCCGUUGCUGCGCAGUCUUCUACACAUCUCGUCAGUGUAUGCGCAUAUUGGCAUGCUACAAGAAACCAUAUACUACGCCGAGUCGGCCUUGAAGAUUGCAGAGGGCACGCAGUCGUCACUGUACAGAGCACAGGUCUCGUACUGGACUGGUUCUGUCUACGUCAAGGCCGGAAGGCUGGACAGGGCCCUGCCUAUGUUCGAAGGGGCCGAGGACUUAAUGCCGAGAGAUGUCUGCGCAUCCCGCGUACGGUUUGCUCGCCAGCUUGCUGAGUUCUAUCGAAAGACGGGCGACAACGACAAGGCCAACCAUUAUCUCAAAAUGGCCGAGGAUACAAUCCACCUGUUGAGUGGCUCCAGCGAUACGACCAAACCAGCGACAGGCGAGGAAAAGGUAGUGCGUGCCGUCAUCAAGUCCAAGAGCACUACGACCGCGACCGGACGAGUUGCUAGAACAACAAGAGCCAAACCAGCCGCUGCGCCGCGAACGGCAAGGAGAGUGCCUCCUGCUAAAAGUCGAGUCGCAGCGGCAUCCGAGUCGCCCAGCCUUCCGCGAGACGUCUAUCAGUCCUCCCUACUCGCAGCCAUCAUCCUCUCCCGAGCCAUUGGCUUCAUCUAUCAGAGAGACUGGGCUUCUGCGUCUUCGCUGCUGGAGCAAGUCAAGACGCUGCCAAAGCUCUUCUCAGCCCUUUCGCAAGAACAGGUUAUCACGGCAACAUCUCUUAUUGGACAGAGUAUGGAGCAGAUGAUCUCGGACCCCGUCUUCUCGGUUGUGCAAGACUCUACCAUAUCAUUUCCUGCGGUAUGUGGCGGGUUGGACAAGGGGCCCAUCGACAAGUCACCGAUGGCGGGAUCGCCACCUAGGAGAGGCCGUCCUACAGCUACCGACCGCAAGGGCUCCAAAGAGCGAAAUGGUCCGGCAUUUGCGGACGCCCUGCGGCAGGCACAGGAGCUGCUCAUGGAGGCGCAUGGGUCGGCGCUCUGUAGAUCUGACAGCAGCAUGGUUCAUCGCAUCUCAGCACUGCUACAGAACACAAUCAUCUUGUUGUCAGCUACUUCGACAAGUAAGGGUAGAUCAACGGCUCCUUCUGGACUGGCUACUGUGGCUGUCGACUUGGCUCGCAACAUCACCUGGACACGAGAGAGGGCCACCCUCAAGGUCUCGGCUGGCUCUACCGCUUCGGGACCCAUCGCCAAGAGAGGCCGCAGAUCUAGCCUUUCGACAUCGAUGGAUGCGGCAGCUUUUCAGCAGAAGUACAUCGAGAUGAUCCCCAAGGCUUGGAGCGUCAUAUCUCUAUCCCUCAGCGAGAACCGUCACGACUUGUGUAUCACGAAGUUUCAGGCCGGCUCGAGCCCGUUCAUCCUAAGAUUACCGUUGGAAAGAGCCAACUCUCGCGAUGCCGAUUCCGAGGUGUUCAACUUUGAGCACGGCCGCGAAGAACUUCUCGACAUUAUCAAGUUAGCCAACGAGACGAGCCACUCUGCCCGCGACUUCUCUGCCAAGGGCGAGCGUAGCGCCUGGUGGUCGGAGCGAGAGGCUCUUGAUGACCGCCUCAAAGAAUUGCUCGCGACCAUCGAGACAACGUGGCUUGGAGGAUUCAAGGGCAUCUUCUCCCAGCACCGAAGACGACCCGAGCUUCUGGCGCGUUUUCAGAAGAGCUUCCACAAGAUCCUUGAUGGCAGCCUGCCAUCGCGGAACAGGACUCGCGGCAAGAAGUCGGCCAAGGGCCAGACGGUCACACUUGACCCGCGGAUCUUGGACCUGUUCAUCGGCCUCGGAGAUCCUACGGAGCCGGAUCUGGACUACGACGAGGCGCUCAACGACCUGCUGUACUUUGUUGUGGACAUUCUCCAGUUCCAUGGUGAGCGCAACGCCUACGACGAAAUCGACUUUGACGCCAUGGUCGUUGAGACGUACGAUGCUCUCCGAGGGUACUACGACGCAGCCAAGUCGGCCGACCGGGAGGAUGGCACGCACACCGUACUCGUCCUGGACAAGGCACUGCAUGCGUUUCCCUGGGAGUCGCUGCCCUGCAUGCAAGGAUCUGCGACAUCGAGGGUCCCGUCGCUCGCGUGCCUCGGGCAGCUCAUCGCGCAGGCGGACAUGACCGCCGUGGACGACACCGGCGAGACGUUGGGGCACUCCGUCUCGGCAACGGCGGGAACCUACAUCCUCAACCCGUCUUCCGACCUCAAGAACACGCAGGUCUUCUUCCAGCCCGCCUUCAAGACGCUGGCGUCGUGGAACAGCGUCGUCAGCCGGACGCCCGAGGAAACGGAGUUUGAGCAGGCGCUGGCCUCGUCGGAGGUGCUCCUCUACUUUGGCCACGGCAGCGGCGCGCAGUACAUCCGCGGCAAGACGGUCAGGCGGCUGGAGCGGUGCAGGCCGGUGACGUUCCUCAUGGGCUGCAGCUCCGCGGCGCUGACGGACGCGGGCGAGUUUGAGUGCUACGGACCGGUGUGGAACUACAUGAUGGCGGGAUGCCCGGCCGUGGUCGGCACGCUGUGGGACGUGACAGACCGCGACAUCGACCGCUUCGCGGGCCGUGCCUUUGAGGAAUGGGGCUUGUUUGCGCGAGGCACGUUUGGCGAGGAGGACAGGAAGAAGGCUGCUGGUGCUGCUGGUGCUGCUACUGCUGCCGGCCGGGCCAAGGGCUGCAAGGGCAAGGGCAAGGGGAGGGGCAACGUGGCCGCCGACGACAGAGGCGACGGAUCGGCGCGCGCCACGCCGUCGUCGCUGGCCGAGGCCGUGGCGAGGGCGCGCGAGGCGUGCAAGUUCAGGUACCUCAACGCGGCGGCGGUGGUCAUGUACGGGAUUCCCGCGUACAUCCGGCCAGAGGAGGCGGAUCAAUGA